AACUAGUAAAAGCUUUGAUUAUGGAAGAAACGACACAACAGUAAUUACUUAUUUAUACGGUCGACAUAGUAGUUUUGUUUUGACUCGUUUAUCCUUAGAUGCAAAAGAUUAAUAUUUGCUCGAAAGAUGACCUGUAAUAUUUGAAUUUAUUUGAGUAUGCAUAUAACAGGCUUAAAAUUAUGCAUCGUUAAGUACCGUUUACCAAAGUAACACAGUACGUAAAGUAGCGAUUAAUGCCUCAAAGGCAGAGCUCGAACCCCACGAGUGGCUUGGCAUUGCUCCGGACCGGAGUAUGGGAGGAGGGAGAGGCACAUCCAUUAAUCCUGCUGGCCCAACUCAGAUUCGCCCUCUUUCACGAAUAUGGCUGACGCUGCAACUGUUACUAUCCGCACCCGCAAGUUCCUUACGAACCGUCUGCUUCAACGCAAGCAAAUGGUUGUGGAUGUCAUCCAUCCCGGUCGCGCCACUGUUGCCAAGGAGGAGCUCCGCGAGAAGCUUGCUAAAAUGUACAAGUCCAACAAGGAAGUUGUCUCCGUCUUUGGCUUCAAGACUCACUUUGGUGGUGGCAAGACCACUGGCUUCGCCUUGAUCUACGACUCCGUUGAGUCCCUCAAGAAGUUCGAGCCCAAGCACCGUCUUGUCCGCAUCGGUCUUGCUGAAGCUCCCAAGGGUGGCCGUAAGCAGCGCAAGGAAAAGAAGAACCGUGCCAAGAAGCUCCGUGGUACCAAGAAGGCAAAGGCCGCUGCUGGCAAGAAAUAAACGAACAAGUGAAAAGAAUGAUGCACUUUCUUUUUACAAAGUCAAGGAGCUGGAACUUGUUCAUUAUUUCAUAUACACCGCAGUAGCAAAUAAAAAAAGCAUUACAAUAACAUUACGGUCGACUCUUUGGAACUUGAGCUUAUAGGGAUUUUGGAUGCAGGCAGCGAAAGACGUGGAAGCAUUUACGUUUGAAACAA